AUGACCAAACAUGAGCCAGGUCGUCAAUUACCUAAUGGGGCUAACGAUGUGUUACGUAGACGAACUGCUGUAUGUGCCGGAUAUAGUAACCUGUUUGAUGCGCUGGCACAUAAAGCUGGACUCAGAGUCUGGCAAGUUACUGGCCAAGCUAAAGGUGCUGGAUAUGAACCGGGCGAUCCAAUUAAAAACCAUCCUCAUGCUUGGAAUGCUGUUCUCCUUGACGGCGAAUACCUAUUGAUAGACUCAACCUGGGGAUCAGGAAGCGUCAACAACCAAACCUUUACGCGGGCCUUCAAACCAUUUUAUUUUCUUAUCUCUCCAAUGAAAUUGAUCUACUCUCAUUUCCCAGAUAAACCGUCUGAACAAUAUAUAUAUCCGCCUAUUUCUUUGUCAACUUUUAGAGAUAUGCCUCAUGUUAAAGCCGAUUUCUUUAUAGCGGGAUUGCAAUUCGUAAAGUUUCCGCCGGCUGUGAUAGAGGUACAAGAUGAUUGGUUUGUAGUUCAACUUGAGUGGUGCGCUGAAGACGAUGGGAGUUGGUUAAUGGGUAAACUGGAAUGGUAUGGGCAGGCUGUGGAGGUUUUGGUGCAGAGAAUGGAAGGACGUGGGGAGAGGGGUGGAAGGAUAUAUAACAUGUAUUGCGGAAUACCAAGCAGUGGAGAAGGCAAGCUAAACUAUUUCGUUUUGCCAAAGAGUGGGAGCGGUCCCUUAGCCGGUGCAUUUAAGGUAAUAAACCAUGGCACAGGUUCCAGCUAUCGCCCAUUUGUGCAAACAUAUUCCGUUCCUUUUACCUUUUCGAUACUCUCGCCAGUCUAUCAAACAAUCACUAUUAACCGCAAAGUACGUUUUGAGAUACUAAUAUUCACGGACGAUCAAAGUACUCUUCCUGAUUUUUGUGUCAUGGAUCCAUCAUCAGCCAGACGGGAACGAAUGGAAAAGCUUCGGUUUGAUGAGGAAGAGAGAAGCUAUUUGUUUGCUAGUGAAAUAAAAAUAGACAGCAAGGGACAAUGGAAACUGGCUUUUGCCAAUGGUGGUCAAGGCUAUUUUAGUUUUGUUGCUGUUUAUGAUGCUGACAGGUAA